UGAAAAGACGCGCCCAUCACUGCUCCACAGUCACGAGCUCGGGGGCGCGCUUGGCAAAGUGCGUUUACCAAAAAAGUUCCUCUUCUCUCGGAUAACCUCCUCACAUGGCUUCCAUCGCGUCUUCCCUGGGCGAUGAGAAGGAGAAGAGCCUGCAGAGCUUGUUCUCUCAGCCUGUUCGGUUCCACCUCCUCUAUAAGAGCAGUCACCACGGAGCCCAGCUCAGCACGCUGCUCUCCAGCUUCGACACAUCUGGGAAGUUCGUUCUUGUGGUGUUUCUCCAGACGGGGGAGGUCAGGGGAGGCUUCACGAGUAGAUCUCUAAAGGUUGGAAGGAAGUUUGAUGACGAGGAGGCUUUUGUGUUUGAAGUAAAUAGGAGAUCCAAACGCUUUCCUGCGCUGCGCUCCGCCAAAGCGGUCGAAGUCCACUUCACCGAUUCAGGUCAGGCUAUAGGAUUUGGUCAGCAAGCAGGUUAUAAGGGAUCCGUUUUUGGCCAGCCGCUCUCCUCCACUUCAAGUCCAGUGGCUGUGUCCUUCGGAAAGUGCUUACGCGUGAACUCGGAUAACCAGGUCAUGUGUGUGGACAUCGGCCCUGACGAGACGUACGGCUGCAGGUGGCCUGAGGAAACGAGCGCCCGCUGCGUGGAUGUGGAGCUGCACCGUGUCCAGGAUGUGGGGGAUCUCCUGCCCAGCCCUUGGAGAGAGGUGUCCUGGACUGAUUGGACCAGGCAGAGCCUGAGGCAGAAUUUUGCCUCUUAUAAGCUGGUGUUGGAGACUCUGCCGCGGGUGAGGGCUCUACUCUUGGGCCCAGUGGGUUCUGGGAAAUCCAGCCUCGUUAACUCCAUCAGAUCCACUAUCUACAGACGCAUUGUACACCUGCCCAACGUCGGCACGGCAACGGGCAGUUUCACCAAGAAGCUGAAGUCGUACGAUAUUCGGGCAGAGAAAGGAGGUUCUCCGUCUGCGCUGAGUCUUUGUGAUGUGAUGGCCAUUGGAGAUGAAGACUUUGCUGGUCUCUCUUACUCCGACACGCUGGACAUCAUCAAGGGCCACGUUCCAGAAGGAUACAAGUUCCAGAGUGAUUUCCCCAUCAAUGAUAAGAUCAAUGGCUAUAGAGCAGCUCCAACCUUGAAGGACCAGAUCCACUGCGUCCUGUUUGUGCUCGAUGCCGCUAAAGUGACGUCCUACUCCAGCAGCCUGCGAACCUCCCUCAGGAGGCUCCACACCACUGUAUCAGACCUGGGUAUCCCUCAGCUGAUUUUGCUGACUCAUGUGGACCAGGUGUGCUGCGCAGUGAAGGAGAGUAUGAUGUCUGUCUACUCCAGCCGAGUCGUGCAGGAGAAGAUGCAGAAGGCAGCACAGCUGGUGGGGCUGCCAUUGUCCUAUGUGCUGCCAGUGAAGAACUACAUUUCCCAGCUGUCAGUGGACCUCAACACUGACAUCUUGCUCCUGAACGUAGUCAACAGCAUCCUUCAGGCUGUGGAUGACACGCUUGAAGACGAGUACCCUGGUGUCAUCACAGGGCCUCUCCCCAAAGAGCAAUUGCUUACACACAGAACAGAAUUCCCCACCCUGUAAACAAUCAGUCUUUCUACUUUCCAACCUGUGUUUCUGUUUAUUAAAGAGAGUGAUAUUUUCCACAGUACAUGUUCAGCAUAAGAAAUAACAGUAGCGAUAUGCAAUUGGAAAUAGCCAAUUUAUCAGUUAAAUUUUGGCUGAUCUGUGCUUAUUUUUGAUAUAGCACCUUUUUAAAUGUUACUUAAAUGAACUUUUUGCCUUUGACAAUACGAUCUAUUCAAAGUGGCAGUUUAGCCCAUUAAAAAGUAAAAGAUCCUCGUGAUUUUGGAAAGUAAUGUAAUUGAAAUAGUGUCUUUCAUGGGUUCAUUUACCCAUGCAGAAAUACUGUUUACGGCCAAUUUGGCUGUAAAUCAGAAUCGGACAUAAAAAUUCAUGCAUCCUAAAUUGCAAGUUUUACAAAAGAGGUCAAAUAGAGCACAGAAGCUUUAAAAUAAUAGUUCAUAGCAAUUAUGCCCAGUUGUAUUUUUCGGUCUACAAGUCAAUGUGGUGCCAAACUGUCUGCAUGUUUCUGCUAAGUUGAGGUGCAACAUUCAAGGUUCGCUUACAAGCAGCUUUAAGUGCCUGAAAUGAUGAUUGUGUCCAUGUCCAGCUUUCUGUAGAGGCCAAAUGUCCAGAGGAUAGUGGAAAACACAAAUCGUUCUUCCUUCAGAGUGCGGGCCACCCUCAGCCGUCUCCAGUGUCUUAAUGUAGUACAAUAUGCUGAUUAUUACCAUGAGAAAAAAUAUUGGCGCAUGUACAAGAACCCAGACUUGUACUGUCCCAGUAUUCUGUUGGCCAGCUUUGGGGCCUAUUAAUAAAAUUGCUUAAGCUGAUUAUGAUUUGAAUGAGUAUGAAUAUUAACGGGAUUCUGGACUACAGAAAGACAGUGAUGUGAAAGUGAUGUAAUGACUAUAUACUAAAGCAUCUAGACAGGCACAGACAGGUAGAGAGACUGAAUUAAUUGGACUGGAGUCAUAGGCAGACUAGAAACCUUUCAGCAAGGCAGAACUAACCCAAUAAGCUUUGGGUCCCGUCCACUGGGAGGCAACACCACACAAGCAUAAAGAAUGGAAAAACAGAGCAAGUGGAAAGAGAUAUAUAUGUUGAUGUGUCUAUCAUCCAUUGAUGGAGAAUGCUGUGUGAACUUAAAAGUCUAUCUUGAAUGCAAAAGCUUUGGAGGAGAUCAUAGCUCCCCAAAAAGGCUCCCAAAAUACUCAUAUACUCAUAUAAUAUCCAAUAAACAAAGAAAAGAAAAAACAUUGUUCUAAUAUUACCCCCCCACCACCACCACCACUGUUACCCAGACUGGUCACAGAUUCCUACUUUCGUUAGAGUUUUGACUGCAGUUCUCUCUUGAGAACUCUCGAAGCCCUGUCCAAAAUUUAGAUGUUAACAUCCAAGUCGUAUUCAGCAGUAUACAUACCACUGAGGACGUGGGAAGAUAUUUUUGGUCACAGAUCCUUUAAAAGAUAUUUAAAAAGACUGAUAGUGCUAGCCUGCACCUCAUACAUUGAUCACAGAGUGCGCUACAUGGGACAAAUGUCAUGUAAAACGGGAUUCAUAGACUCCAAAAUCUGCUCACGCUGCUCAUUAACCAUCCCUGAUAGCUACGCUCAUGCCAUGUGGUACUGUAUGACCCAUUAAACAGUUUUGGCAACCAAUUACUGAUCAAUUAACCACACUAUUUAAUCAGCCCUCCCAUUAUCCCCAUCAAGAGACAUGUCAACAGUAAGAUUAACGAAGAAAAACAAUAGAAUUCUUCUCAUAGCGCUAACCAUUGCCAAAAAAACCCUGAAAAUCCAGGAGGACCACCAACCCCACUCUCUGGAAAAAUGUAUGAUUUUUGUAUGAUCUUUCCAAAAAGAAAUCAUGGAUUCUGUUUAUAUUUGGUUUCUUCUUUGCAUUUGCAGUGAUGAACUGUUUUCACAGACAGUGUUUUUCUGAAGUUUUCCUGAGCCCAUGCAGUGAUUUCCUCUACAGAGUCAUGUCUGGUUUUAACGCUUUGCUGCCUGAGGGCUUAAAGAUCAUGGCCAGCAGAUACUGAUUUUUGGCCUUGUUCCUUACAGACAGAUAUUUCUCCAGAUUCUCUGAAUCUUAUAAUGAUAUGAUGUACUGUAGAUAAUAAAAAAACAAAAUGAUGCUCUUUUA